GGGCCCAGGCUUCUUUAUGGCUAUUGUUUCCCACAAUCCUUUGCACAGCAGAUAAAUGCGCCAGAGGGUUCAAGCUGCCACGUGAUGAGGAAGUAGAAUGAUGCCUCAGUUGAAUGCAGCAUGUAGCAACAUGUACAACUGGCAGUUUGUCCUAAAGGUAAUUGAUUUAACACGAUACGAUGAUUGUUCCGCCUCAACAGGUUUUUAGUGGGAAAAUGCAUGGGAAAAUAUUAAAAAAUUAAAAAAUCAUCCUGUGCUUUUAUUUUGAAGGGACUUUUUCUAAUGCAGCGGAGUGUCGGGUUUUUUUCCGACUCGUCCGUACAUGUUUUCAGUCAGCACGGCAAUUAGAACGCGAAAGCCCCCCCCCCGUCGACACAGCUAGCGGACCAAUCGAUUUAUUUGGGUUGCGGCUUGUCAUUAAGGGGUGAUGGUGGGUCCCGGAGCCAGACCAGUUGAGAACCACUGCUCUAAACCAUCUGGUCCCAACAACAGCAUCCAGUCUGUUGUCAUAGCAACUCUUUAGAAGGUGAACGGAUUGUUCCACAGAUGCUGGUUUAGAUACUGAAGGACUCUUGUUUGAGCAGUGAGGAAGAUUCUGUUCACGAUGACCUUUGACCCUGUGGACACAGCACAUACAGAGACUCAGUCGACCAGUCAGACUGCAUACUUUGAUGGUGACAUGAGGACACACCCCCUCUGAUAAAAGAUAAGAAGCUCUAACAAGCUGCUUCACUUCACUCCGUCUGAUGGAAGCUGAAGUGAAGCACGGAGCUCUUUUUCUACAGACCUGCUGAGGACAGAAGAGAGCUGCACACUGAGGAAGAUCAUGUCUACAAGAUCAGUGAAGCUGUGAACCGCCGUCGCAUAACGCCGAUAUUCACAGAUUCAUCCAACUUGUGUCCACCAAGAGGACACUGAAUUCAUCAGAAGUGCAUAGAAAGAGGGAGAAGAAUCCUAUUUUGUUGUUUAUCAAACACAAUACACCGAUAGAACUCCAUCUGUAAAACACACUGCUUUUUGUUUUUUAAAUGCAGAGCAGUGAUUGUUCUCUAGGGUCUAAUAUUAUUUGGGUGUCUUUAAAAAGGAAAGAUGGAGAAAGUCAAAAAGGAUCUCAUCAAAAUUUUAGAACAACUCAAAGAGGAGGACUUCAAAGGGUUCAAAUGGUACCUGGAGAACCAUCCAAUCCCAGAAGACCACCGAUCAAUCCCACCCUGUGACCUGGAGAACGCAGACAGGAGGAACACAGUGGACAUGAUGGUGCGGUGCUACAACACAGACUCGGUUCAGGUGGCCAUGAAGGUUUUGGAAGAGUUGCAAAUGAACGAUCUUGUUGAAAAAUUAUCCAAAAAGAACUCUACGGGCAAACCAAAAACUGUCGGAGGAGAAAGUGGUCAAGGCAAACCAAAAACUGUGGAAGGAGAAAGAGGUCAUGGCAAACUGAAUACUGGGGGAGGAGAAAAAGGUCACGGUGAAGAGACCUUUGGCAAACUGAAUACUGGGGGAGAAGAAAAAGGUCACGAGAUUAUGGGCAACUGUCAACAGUAUCUCAAAUCCAAGCUGAAGAAGAAGUUCCAGUCUGUGUUUGAGGGCAUCGCUAAAGCAGGAAACCCAACCCUUCUGAAUGAGAUCUACACAGAGCUCUACAUUACAGAGGGAGGGACUGCAGAGGUCAAUCAAGAACAUGAGGUCAGACAGAUUGAAACAUUAUCCAGGAAACCAGCCAGAUCAGAAACAACCAUCAGACAAGAAGACCUCUUUAAAGCCUCAGCUGGAGGAGAGGAACCAAUCAGAACAGUGAUGACUAAAGGAGUGGCUGGCAUUGGGAAAACAGUCUUAACACAGAAGUUCACUCUGGACUGGGCAGAAGACAAAGGCCACCAGGACAUACAGUUCACAUUUCCAUUCACCUUCAGAGAGCUGAAUGUGCUGAGAGAGAAGAAGUUCAGCUUGGUGGAACUUGUUCAUCACUUCUUCAGUGAAACCAAAGAAGCAGGAAUCUGCAGGUUGGAAGAGUUCCAGGUUGUGUUCAUCUUUGACGGUCUGGAUGAGUGUCGACUUCCUCUGGACUUCCACAAGAAUGAGAUCCUGACUGAUGUCACAGAGUCGGCCUCAAUGGAUGUGCUCCUCACAAACCUCAUCAGGGGAAAGCUGCUUCCCUCUGCUCGCCUCUGGAUAACCACACAACCUGCAGCAGCCAAUCAGAUCCCUCCUGAGUGUGUUGGCAUGGUGACAGAGGUCAGAGGGUUCACUGACCCCCAGAAGGAAGAGUACUUCAUGAAGAGGUUCAGAGAUAAGAAGCUGGCCAGCAGGAUUGUCUCUCACAUCAAGACCUCACGAAGCCUCCACAUCAUGUGCCACAUCCCAGUCUUCUGCUGGAUCAGUGCUACAGUUCUGGAGGUGGAGUUAAAGACCAUAAAGAGAGGAGAGCUGCCCAAGACCCUGACUGAGAUGUAUAUCCAUUUCCUGGUGGUUCAGUCCAAAGUGAAGAAGGUCAAGUACGAUGGAGGAGUUGAAACGGAUCCUCACUGGAGUCCAGAGAGCAGGAAGAUGAUCGAGUCUCUGGGAAAACUGGCCUUUGAUCAGCUGCAGAAAGGAAACCCGAUCUUCUAUGAAUCCGACCUGACGGAGUGUGGCAUCGAUAUCACAGAAGCCUCAGUGAACUCAGGAGUAUUCACUCAGAUCUUCAGAGAGGAGAGCGGACUGUACCAUGACAAGGUGUUCUGCUUCCUCCAUCAGAGUGUUCAGGAGUUUCUGGCUGCUCUUCAUGUCCAUCUGACCUUCAUCAACUCUGGUGUCGAUCUGCUGUCAGAAGAACAAAACACCUCCCUGUUGUCUAGUUGUCUAGUUGUCUUUAGAGACAAAACUAAACCCAAACAUUUUUACAAGAGAGCUGUGGACGAGGCUUUACAGAGUCCUAAUGGACACCUGGACUUGGUCCUCCGCUUCCUCUUAGGUCUUUCCCUGGAGACCAAUCAGACUUUCCUACGAGGUCUGCUGACACAGACAGGAAGUCGCUCACAGAUCAAUCGGGAGACAGUCCAGUACAUCAAGAAGAAGAUCAGUAGGAAUGUGUCUCCAGAGAAAAGCAUCAAUCUGUUCCACUGUCUGAAUGAACUGAAUGAUGUUUCUCUAGUGGAGGAGAUUCAACGGUCCCUUAGUUCAGGAUGUCUCUCCACAGAUAAACUGUCUCCUGCUCAGUGGUCAGCUCUGGUCUUCAUUUUACUGUCAUCAGAAGUUAAUCUGGAGGUGUUUGACCUGAAGAAAUACUCAGCUUCAGAGGAGGCUCUUCUCAGGCUGCUGCCAGUGGUCAAAGCCUCCAACAAAGCUCUACUGAGGGACUGUAACCUAUCAGAGAGAAGCUGUGAAGCUCUGUCCUCAGUUCUCAGCUCCCAGUCCUCUAGUCUGAACGAGCUGGAUCUGAGUAACAACGACCUGCAGGAUUCAGGAGCGAAGCUGCUGUUUGAUGGACUGGAGAGUCCACACUGUAACCUGGAGACUCUCAGACUGGAGGGCUGUAACCUCUCAGAGAGAAGCUGUGAAGCUCUGUCCUCAGUCCUCAGCUCCCAGUUCUCUAGUCUGAGAGAACUGGAUCUGAGUAACAACGACCUGCAGGAUUCAGGAGUGAAGCUGCUGUGUGAUGGACUGGAGAGUCCACACUGGACACUAGCAACUCUCAGGGUGGAGCCUGAUGGAGUCCGAUGGUUCAGACGAGGACUGAGGAAGUAUUCCUGUGAACUCACAAUCGACACAAAUACAGUGAACAGAAAACUGAAACUGUCUCAGAACAACAGGAAGGUGACACAUGUGGAGGAGGUUCAGUCAUAUCCUGAUCAUCCAGACAGAUUUGACUACUGGUCCCAGCUGCUGUGUAGAACUGGUCUGACUGGUCGCUGUUACUGGGAGGUCGAGUGGAGAGGAAGAGUUUAUGUAUCAGUGAGUUACAGAGGAAUCAAUAAGAAAGGAUACACUGAUGACUGUUUAUUUGGAAAGAAUGAUCAGUCCUGGAGUCUGGGAUGCUCUGAUGAAGGUUACUCUGUCUGUCACAAUAAGACAGUAACACGCAUCACCUCCUCCUCCUCCUUCUCCUCCUCCUCCUCCUCCUCCUUCUCCUCCUCCUCCUUUGGUAGAGUAGCAGUGUAUGUGGACUGUCCUGCUGGCUCUCUGUCCUUCUUCAGAGUCUCCUCUGACACAAUGAUUCACAUCCACACCUUCAGCACCACAUUCACUGAACCUCUUUAUCCUGGGUUUGCCUUCUUGUUCAAACCUGGUUCCUCAGUGUCUCUGUGUUCUCUUUAGGAGGGACAGUCUCCUCCUGGUGGAGAACCUUCCUCUCUACUCACCACAUAGUUCAGUCUGUACAGCUGAUGUUGGUUCAUGUGGAUGUAGAUGCAGGUGGAGGAAGUGAGGGGUACCUGAGUUGGUCAUCAUUUAGAUUUUGGGUCCUAAUUAGGGGUUAUAAUCAGACAAAAAUGUAUCUGUAUGAUAAAUAGUUCAUAUUUCUGAGUUUUCUUGGUUAGCAUUCACACUAGUGAAAGAAGUGUUUAUUAAUGAUUGUGUGUAAUGACAAAAAUCAGUUAAAUAUGGAUGUAUUCUUGUAUGUAUUCUUUUUGAGUCAAUAUUAACUUCAAAUAUUUCAAAAUGUGUUCAGUGAAAUCAAAUAUAAUUUCACAUAAUCAUGUUUGUUCUGAACAAGAAUCUUUUGAAAGCUUCAGCAAACCUCUGAAUAAAAGGUUUAAUGACACAUGACAUCAGGAACUUGUGUUUUUAUUAACUAGAAUAUAAAAGAACAACAUGUAGUCAAUGUAUGUAUUACUUUGAUUAACAGGAAUAGAAUUGUAUGUUUGUGAUGUUAAUAAAUGACUUUUAUUGUAAACUGGGAAAGUGAAAGUGUUUCUUCAUUAUUAAACAUGUUCAGCGGGAUUCGAUCUCAUGGCAUCGAAGUGCUUUUUAUUGUCAUGUAUGAAGAUCCAAACAAACAUCACAUUCAUAAUAAUAAUUUGGGAGAAAAUGUUUAAUUUCCAAAGUGAUGACCUUUAACCUCGCAGCAUCUAUUUAAGAAAGUUCUCCCAACCUUAAAAUCCAGCAGGAAUCUGAACGUGUCAGAGUGAAUUCUUUGUUUUGCAACAUCAAAUAAAAUAGAUAAAUCGUUCAGUUUGUCUAAAAUACUUGAGACAUGAAAUAAAUAUGAAGCAGCAUCUUACAGUCAGAACGCUCCACAGGAACUUCAGAUGGUGAUUUAAAUCAAACAGGUAAAGGUGGUUCUAGUUUACCUGUAAUAUUGGACUCACCUGUGCAGAAAGGAGACUUUAAUCCUCCUUUUCAACAGCUGCCAUGUGAGCUAAUUAUCCAAGAGAAAUGUGAUGUGUUACUGACACUAAACUGUUUUUAUUCCCCCACAGCCCAUAAAGGAGGCGGGGGGGAGGGGGGGCAGAAUAUUUUUUUAAAACAGCAGGAGACACCAUCUUCACAGCUUCCCUGUUUCCUUGAAGCUUUGAAGCUAGCUCGUUCCAUUUGGUCAAUGUUUAACACGUCCACAAGGAGAGGGGCGUGUGCAAAGGGUAGGGGCGUGACAAAGGGGCGUGUGCAAAGUGGAGGGGCGUGACAAAGGGGCGUGUGCAAAGUGGAGGGGCGUGGCAAACGAGGGGCGUGUGCAGAGAAUGUCGAGGUCAUUGACUCCUGUCUCUGGAGG